AUGGAUUCCCACUCUCGCUCCUCCGUCAUCGUUGUCGGUGCCGGCAUCUCCGGUAUCUCGGCAGCGAAGGUGCUUGCCGAGAACGGCAUAGAGGACCUUGUGAUCCUCGAGGCCUCCGACCGCAUCGGCGGCAGGAUCCACAAGGAGAGUUUCGGCGGUGUGUCGGUGGAGCUCGGCGCCGGUUGGAUCGCCGGAGUCGGUGGCCGGGAAUCCAACCCCGUUUGGGAACUCGCCGCCGAACACGGCCUCCGAACCUGCUUCUCCGACUACAGCAAUGCUCGCUACAACAUCUACGAUCGAAGCGGGAAGAUCUUUCCCAGUGGAAUCGCUGCUGACUCGUACAAAAAAGCGGUGGACUCGGCGAUUCAGAAGUUGAGGAACCAGGAAGAAGUCGACGACGACGAUGAUGAUAUUAAUAAUAAUAACGGAGGCAAUAAUGGCACCAAAAUAAAUAAAACGACUUCGACGCCGGAGACGCCAAUUGAGCUCGCCAUUGAUUUCAUCCUCCAUGAUUUCGAAAUGGCUGAGGUGGAACCAAUAUCUACCUACGUGGACUUUGGGGAGAGAGAAUUUUUGGUUGCGGACGAAAGAGGGUACGAUUACUUGCUGUACAAAAUGGCCGAAGAUUUUCUCGUCACAUCAGAGGGUAGAAUCUUGGACAGUCGUCUCAAACUCAACAAGGUCGUGCGGGAAUUACAGCACUCGAGAACUGGAGUUACGGUGAUAACGGAGGAUGGUUGCGUUUACGAAGCCGAUUACGUGAUUCUGUCCGUUAGCAUUGGCGUUCUCCAAAGCGACCUACUUGCCUUCAAUCCACCUUUACCUAGGUGGAAAUUGGAAGCCAUCGGGAAAUGUGAUGUAAUGGUGUACACCAAAAUCUUUCUGAAGUUUCCGUAUAAGUUUUGGCCAAGUGGACCCGAAAAGGAAUUCUUCAUAUAUGCUCACGAGCAGAGAGGUUACUACACAUUUUGGCAGCACAUGGACAACGCAUAUCCUGGCUCCAAUAUCUUAGUUGUGACAUUGACAAAUGAGGAAUCAAAACGUGUGGAAGCUCAAUCUGAUGAAGAGACUCAGAGAGAAGCGAUGGCGGUGCUAAGGGAUAUGUUUGGACCCAACAUUCCCGAUGCCAUUGAUAUACUUGUUCCCCGCUGGUGGAAUAACAGGUUUCAGCGUGGCAGCUACAGCAACUAUCCCAUUUUGUCCAAUCUUAAAAUUUUUCAUAAUAUUAAGGCCCCUGUAGGUCGCAUUUUCUUCACUGGAGAGCACACCAGUGAAAGAUUUAAUGGCUACGUACAUGGAGGGUACCUCGCAGGUAUUGACACCACCAAGGCGUUAUUAGAAGAAAUGAGGAAGGAGAAGGAAAGAAAACAUGAGAGCCAAACCCUUUUGUUAGAGCCAUUGCUAGCAUUGACAGGGUCAUUAACAAUGUCGAAACCAGACACGGUCUCCAAUAUCCACAAAUGCGAUAUUCCUACACAAUUUUAUCUCAGUGGCAAGCUAGGGAUUCCAGAGGCAAUAUUAUGA